AUGUUUGAGACGCAAUUAUCAAAUGUGAAAACUAAUUAUUUCAAAAUUGGACAUUUGAAAAAUCUAACCUAUACUAUAUAUACUAGUCAAGAUAAUACUAAUAAUGAUCAAGAAUUAUUAGAAUUGGAAUUAACUAUUCGUCACCAAUAUCCAAAUUCAUUGAUAACUUAUUACAAUAAAAGUUUAUUUCAUUUUACCAUCAAUAAUGAAGAACAAAAUUUAGAUGUGAAAUUAAAUUUGAAAUUUAAAGAUACAGUUUCAGUUGAAAAAUUAUCAAAUCCUCCGAAAGGAACAGAUGAUGAUUAUUUAGCAUUUGCAAACGUUAGUUUUGCAAAAGCAGUCAAAAAGAUGAUACUAUAUAAUUUAGCAUUAAAGGGAGUGAUCAAAUUAUUUGGCAACUAUUGUAUAUAUAGUACUGAUAGUUUAUCAUAUUCAAUAAUUUGUAUGGAUCCAAUAUUACUCAGUAAUGGAGACUUACUACUAUCAUGUACGGAGAGAAAUCUUUUGAAAUUAUACAAUUCAUCCAUAGUAUCCACAACAGCUUCCAAUGAUUGUAAUUUUGUCAUAUAUAUCUUGCCAAGUGGUAUACGAUGUCAUUUAUUUGAUACAACCAAUAUACAAAAUAAUUUUGUUAAUAAACCACAACUUGAAAGUGAAAAGCUACUACGUUUACUAGAGCUAAGUACUCAAUGUGAUUUGAAAGAGACAUUAUGGGUGAAGUUAAUACCGAAUUUAAAACAUUUAAAUAAUCAAACAUCAUUAAUAUCAAAGUUUAUACAUUCAGUUGAAAAUAAAAAAUUCAUUUUAUGGCCAUGGUGUUUAUGUCUAUUACAAUUUGGAUUGAAAGAACAUAACAAUACCGAUAUUCAAAAACGGAAAGAAACAGAUCCUCUUCAAAUUCUUUCAGCAUAUUUAGAUUUCAAAGUAAAACGAAAUUUAGAAUCACCACCAACACCAAAGUCUGCUUCCCCACCCUCAGUCUCAACUGAACAAACACCAGCAUUAGAACCACCGGCUCCAUCGAGUGUCCCUUCAGUCAAUGCGACAAUCCCAAAUCCUACAAAUGAAUUUCCUGUUAAUAUGACAACGCCCUUUGGUUCAGAUGUUUAUAAUUUACAAGCUACAGACAAUUUUUUCAACAAACCAGAAAAUCCAGACAAUAUGGAAAUUGACGACUUGUUUGGAAAAGAAGAUGGUAGUCAGAAAGAGAAAAAAAUAGAUGAAAAACCUGGUAAUGAAGAGAAAGAAAGCGAUGAAAGUAUGGAUGAUUUAUUUGGAGAUUUUGAAGAAGAUGAUGUUCCAGAAUCUAAACCUGAUGAAACCGAUGUUAUAGGAUCUAAAGCUGAAGCAAAUGGUACAACAGUUGAAGUUAAACCUGAAGUUCACGUCAGCAUAGAGAAGAGAAAACUACCUUACAUUGAAACAUUAAAAAACAAAAUGACUAUGAAUAACUUUACUCCAGAUUACAAAGAUCCCGGUGCACCAGCUCCAGUAAAUCAGACUCCCAUGAUAGCUCCACCAACGUCCAUUGAUAUUGCCACAACGACCGGUAAUAUCAAAACAAAUGAUAUAACGUCAACACCAAAACUGAAGUCAUCAUUCUCACCAAUAGUAUUUAAUCCUAUCAUUCAAAAAGAUAUUGACGACAAAUACGGUAAAGGUGGUAAAUUCUAUUAUGAGAAAGAUAAUAAAUUAUUCGACAAAUCUAUUAAAGCAACAACCAGAGUGGGAAACUCUGAUCCCAAUGACUCAAGUGAUGAAUCGUCUGAAUCUUCGAACGAUGAAAGUGAUGAAGAUGAUAAUAUAAUUCAGGAUGAUCACGGGAAUUCUUUCAUACCCACUGCUCCUCCAGCCCAAGAUUUCAAUAAUACCCAAAAUGCAACCUCCAAUACAUUUUACGGAUCUCCAGUUGUCAAUAAAGUUGGAUUCAAAACAGAUUCCCCGUUUACUUCAAGCGCUAUGAUGACUCCAAAUAUUUUUGAUACCCCUCAUACUCAUCGCACUGGCUCUUCUUCUUCAUCAUCAAUCAUAUCAAAUAAGGAUUUAGAAUUUCCAAAAAUCAGUGAGUCUUCAAAUUAUUUACCAUUAAUAUUAAGAAAUGUGAAUAUCUCGUCAAUACCUGAUUCAUUUUUGUUGAACAACCUUUCGGCAAUUCCAUCGUUUUCAAUGAUGAAUGAAUAUUCUGAUAAUGAUUUAGAAAUUUCUCAUGGAAAUGAGAUGAUCACUAAAAUUAAAGAUAUAAAGGAAUUACUUCAUUUUAUUUCAUCAAAUAUUGUUUUUGAUUUAGGUUUGUUCGCAAACAUAACAAUAAAUUCAGAAGUUGAAUAUCAAAUUCCUUCAGCAAGUUUUUUAGAAAAAUUUAAAGAGAUUUUCCCGCUUUCUUAUCAAACAUCAUUAAUUGAAUUUGUUCAUGAAAUUUUAAACAAAGAAAAUGAUGAUCCUUUACAUUUUUUUGGAGAAGAAGAAUCAAUCAAUAAACAAGUCAAUGAUACCGAAUGGAACGUUUUGGAAACUCAAUCAGACAAGUUUGAUAAAUAUAAUGAAUUACUUACAAAAUUAAAUGUUUCAACUAAUGUUGGAGAAAAUGAAGUGUUUAAAAUUCCUGAAGUUAAAAUUAAAGUUGAAAAAAAUGGAAAUUUAUUAAAUCUUAAUAGUUUGAGUUUAGAUUUUUGGAACUAUUUAAAUUUCAAACCAAUAAAUUCUCCUAAAAGUUUUCAGAUAUUAGUGAUUGGAAAAUCAGGCUCUUAUGCAAAUGAAUUUUUGAACAGGUUAAGUGAUAAUUAUAGUGAAAAUCAUUUUGGUCAUAUCUCAAGAUUAAAUCUUUCUACUGUUGAUACAAGAUCGGACUUAGAACCUAUUUCAGAUGGAUUAUUACUUUUAAAACCUUGUAUGAAUUAUGGUGAAUUGUAUUUACAAUUGAAUCAGAAAUUAAACUCAUUAGUGGAGUUGAUAAAAUUGGAUUUGAUUAACAAGACGAACAAAUUUGAAUUUGAUAGACCUUUACUUUUAUUGUUUGUUAAUUUUGAUUCUAGUUUUAAUAGCAUUCUUCAGAUAUCAAAAGUAUUAAGGAAUUUUAAAGUUGCUUUAUUAAAUUAUCAAGUUCCAUUAGUACAAAUUUUCACAAAAAUCAUUCCAUCAUCUUUAAUAGUUAGAUCUCCGCUGAACCUUAAAGUUUUCAGUAAUUAUACAACAACUAAACUUUCAAUGGUAUUAUAUAAUGAAUGUCCUAACGAGAAAAACAUAGUUGCACCUAUCGCGAGAGAACCUCCUACUAAGAUUCAAUUCAAGUUUAUGAAUGGAAGUUAUAGAGACAAUAACAAUACUGAAGAUAGUUUUCUACAUAUAGCUUAUGAAAGAUCAAUUGAUAAAAGUUGGUUAGCAGCAGCAUGGUCAGAUCCAUUUGGAAGUGUAAACCAAACAAAAUCAUGGUAUUGUUCACGAAAUAAUCAUGAUAUAGGAUCAAUUGCUGAUGAGAUAUGGAAUAUAUCAACUGAAUUAUUCAAAUCUAUUGAUUCUCCUGGUGGUAAGAAAUUUUUGGUCUUGACAAGAAUCAAUAGUGUCAUACCAGAUGAUGAAUUGGUACAUUGGAAGAGAUUGAGUAUGAAGUUUAAAGAUAUAUCAUUGAUUGUUUUAUCUGUAAAUCGUUCACCAAAGUUGAUAUUUUCAAAAACUAAUUCAUUGUCUGAUGAUUAUAUCUUGAGUGAAGGUGAAACUUCCAAUGCUGCAUCAAUAUUAGUAACAUCACCGAAUGGAUUAGCUUUUCAUUCCCCUCAACAGUUCUUAAAUGCACCAUCAAAUUUUUUAUCCCCACAAGAUGCACCUACAUAUACAGAACCAGAUAUGAUUUUAAAAGAUGGAGCAGAGAUUUUUGGAAUGAUGCCCAAGGUGCAAUUGCCAUCAUUUAAUUCUCCGAGUAGGGCAAGUAUGAAGGUAGGAUAUUUAAUAAAGGAACAUUCUUUAGAUCAAUUAUUGAUAUAUGAGGUUAAUUUAUUAAGUUGUUCAAAUUAUUGGAAUUUAGAUACGUUAAUGAGAAUAAUAUUGAUGCAAUAUAAAAAAUUGAUCACUUUGAAUAAUAUUUUGGGAAUAUCGGGCUUUGAUAAAACUCAACUAGUCCCUUGGCAUAUUAAUGCUGUUGGUAAGCUAUUAAACUAUUUAGUUCAUAUAUAUGUUGAAGAAUAA